CGGCAGGUUCACCUGGAGCAAGGCCAAGCUGUGAAAGUAUCUUGUGGUCAUCAGCCUGUAUUUUUGAGCUGGAUGGAAAUCAGGCAUCGAGGUCACCAGGGUGAAAAUAUUGCAGAGAUUAACAGACAGUUAGCAGAGAAACUUGGCAUUACAGAUGAAGAACAGUCCCCAGGCAUGCCCAAUGCAAUCCGUUUCCAAUGUGUUAAACAUCCAUUUUCUGCCUAUGAAUUACCUAGUGUCAUUAAGAAGAUGUAUGUUCAAACAGAUGAUUGGGAAAUUCUGGAACUGCAUGCUUCCUCUCUUGAAAAGCAUCUUCUUGACCAGAUUCGAAUAGUAUUUCCAAAAGCCAUCUUUCCUGUAUGGGUUGAACAGCACACUCACGUUUACAUCAAAAUUGGUACACUUAUGCCAGCAGCCCCCUAUGGGAGAUUAGAACCGUGCACGGAGCUUCUGAUACGUCCCAAAACACGUGAACUGGAGGAAAAUAUCACCAGCCUGCCUUCCACAGAAAGUGACAUCUUGCUCAAAAAUUUUGUGAAAAAUAAUGUGGAGCAAGAAGAAACAGUAAAGGAUCCUUUUGCCAAACAACCUUACUUAAAGCCGGGAGUCCUUGAACAGCAUAAGGCUGAUGCAAACAUGGCAUUUGGCUCAAAUGUUCUCCCAAAUAUAUGGAAUUUCAUAGGAAGCAUUUUCUCUCAUACAUCUGAGCAGAAACAAAAGGCUUUGUGUGAUAAAGAUGAAAUGAGCAGGUUCAAAGACAAGCUGCUGAACUUAAUUCACAUGGAUUCUAUUUUUAGAGUAUGUCAGUGCCAGCCUCCCAGCGUGCAGAAUGCCUCUGCCACUCAUGCAUUUCUGAAGUGCAACGCUAUUCAUGUUUUUCCGUGGAAUUUAGAAUUUAUUGAUUUGGAUCCAAAUCCUGUAGUAUCUUAUGGGAGAAUUAGUGAGCUGCUUUCCCCAAGACAGCGUCAUCAAGAAGCAAAGCAAAGUUUGCCAUUUGAAAAGCAAAAGCAUUUGACUGGUACGCAAGACAAAAAUCAUUCUAAUUCUAGUAGCAGUCAAGCAUCCAGUGAGGGAUCUGUUGUUCAGAUCGUUUGGAAUGGAUUUGAAGACCUAAAGAAUGUCAUAGAGUAUGGCCACAGUGGGGAAGCCCUACAUGUUGGAAGAGUUUGGAUUCCAGAUGGUCUGAGAAAAAAACUACAUAUUGAAAUACAUUCAACGGUCCGAAUUAAGUCAGUUGAAUCUAUUCCAAACAUUCCUGUAUCUCUUAGACUGCAACCCAAACAGAACUUACAUAAAGAUAUACAUGAAGAUGAUGUUAAAUCUGCUUUCAGUUCUUGGCUGCAGGAUUCUGCUACUGAUGAUCUCCCAUGGAUAAUGACAAGCACAGACUGUAUACAUCUGUCUGUUAAAGAAGGAAUGGAGGAGUUUGUCCUUCGUGCAGUGCAUCCUAUGCACAUGGAAGAAAAUAAGUCUGAAAGUAUUUUUAUGCUGAGUCCCAGUUUGCUGCAAAAGACUAAUAUACAAGUUCUUUUGCAUCCUCUAACUAGAAAAGCUGAUGUUGACAGCCAGCCACCUAUGUGUGAUACAGACAAGAACCUUCCUUACCACAAACUAAACGAUUUAGGAGGAGUGGACAAAAUAGGAACAUCUUCCUUUGAACACAUAAGCCACAGUCUUCUGGGGCGUCCUUUGUCUCAAAAGCUUGCUGUUAUUGCUGUGGGACUGCGAAGUGGAGGGGUGCUUCUCACGGGAGGAAAGGGAAGUGGAAAGUCAACAUUAGCAAAGGCCAUCUGCAAAGAAGCAUUCGAUAGACUGGAUGCUCAUGUAGAAGUAAUUGAUUGUAAAGCUUUAAGAGGAAAAAGAUUAGUAAACAUAAGGAAAAAUGUGGAAGAAGCUUUUUUAGAGGCAGCAUGGAGACAGCCAUCCAUUCUUUUGAUGGAUGAUCUUGAUCACAUUGUUGGAGUACCUUCUACACCAGAGCAUGAGAACAGCCCUGAAACUGUUCAAAGCAAUAGACUUGCUUAUGGUAAUACUGUGCUACCUGUGUCUGGAUAAAAAUUGAAUGCAAUUUAGAAUUUCUUGCACCUGAGUUGU